ACCUCUCCCUCUCGUCUCCUCUCUGAUAAUAAGCCUCAUUGGUUGCGAAGAACACAGAGAGAAAGAGAGAGAGGAGUAGCUGGUCCAGGAGAUCGCAGCUGAGAUCACCGGAAUUUUCUAAAAACAAGAGAAGAGACAAAUAUUUUUUCGAUCGAGAUGAGCAGCAGCGAGCAGGCGGCAAUGGAGUCGGGUGGUUGCCAGCAUCAUCAGGAGAGGCAGGCGGCCACCGCGGGCGAGAGCGCCAAGAAGCUGUGUCGCGUGGUGCGCGCCGUGUACCUCGUCCUCGUCAAGGGGCUCGGCAAGCACCAGCCCAAGCUCGCCGCGCUCGGCGUCCACCUGCACCAGAUGAUGUCCUCGAGGCGGCAUGGCGGCGGUGGCCACGACCACGGCCUCGACGAUUUGCGGGAGCACCCGGCGUUGCUGACGUACCUGUCGUCGACGAUGUCGUGCAGGUCCAUGGACCCGGCCGCGGCGGUGCACCCGUACCCGCGGGGCCGCGGCGCGCACGGCGCUGGCCGCCGUCGCAGCGGCGGCGGCAUCAGCAGCGCGUCGGGAGGCGUUUCCGGGCUCUCCUCGAUGUCGUGCCGGUCCAUGGAUCCCUCCGCCGCCGUGUCGCAGUACCAGUACCGGCCCCGUGAGGUCGAGUUCAGCUGCAGCAGCACGCCGCUGCACAGGCGCCGCCGCGCGCAGCGCCGCAGCCAGCUGCGCCUGCAGCAGCACGGGCAGUGGCACGACCGUUCGUCCGCCGCGGAUCCGUACGGCUCGGCCGCCACGGUGUCGAGGCUGUUCGAGCUGAUGGACGUGAAGGAGGAGGCCGCCGCCGAGGCGAUGACGACGGAUAUCGACGACGAAGACGGCGACGUGGUCGCGUGGCCCGCGGUGGUGGUGCCGGCGCCGCGGCAGGUGCGGAUCACGGACUCGCCGUUCCCGGCGUGGGAGGCGGACGGCGACGACGACGAAGAGGGGAGGCUCGGCGUGGUGGACCGCCGCGCCGACGAGUUCAUCAUGUGGUUCCACGAGCAGCUGCGCAUGCAGCAGCAGCAGCGCGCCGCCGCCGCCGCCGCCAAGGAGCGGAGCACCUACUACUUCGUUAGAUAGUCAGUACGGAUCAGUACGGCACCAUGUGAAUAGUUCAUGAACGCAUGGAUUAUUGCAGAGUACAUACAUAGAGACGAAAAUUGUGCGCAUGCUUCAAGUUUUUCUCUUUCCUGUUAAUUCUUGAUACGAUCGAGUGUGAUCGAGUUGGUAUAUUUGAUUUUGAGAUGCAUAUAUUUUGAGAGCAAACAUGUUCUGAACUUGUCCUACACUCUCAGUGGAAUUGUAGGAAGAAUCCAAGAUUUUCUGAA